UGCAGUAGGUAGCCUAUAGGCCCAGCCAGAGCACUACCUCUAACUCUGGGUAGGCCUACGUUUCUUUAUAACAAAACAUAUAGAAUUCAUACAACGAAUGUAUUAUUCUAAUAACCUCUCCCAGCUUAGGCUGUUAUACGUUUCGCCGAUAUGUAUCGAUUAACGGAUCAAUUAUGUCCGCCGAGACUGCCAAUCUGUGUAGCAUUGGUGUGACUCGCAUUGUUGUUUUGAUCUGGCUGCAUCAUCAUAAGGAGCCCACGCUGUCGCGCCGUCUUUUAAAACUUGACUAUCCGCGAAAUGAGUAACAUUGUAACCUGUAAUGUGCAAAUAAACAUGACUAUAUGCUUUUGGACCAGUUAGGUUCGACGGAGAUGCACUGAGUCUGCAUCUAUGGUGAAGCGUGAUGUGCCCGCGGAGAUUGAGAAGAUCACCAAGUACCUCCAGGAGCUGAGCAGCAUGCUCACCACCACCACCGCUGAACUGGUGGAGAAGAUUAAGGCCGCUGACCUGACCAGCCAGGCUGAGGCUUACCUUCAGGAGGGCAAGGCUCAGGUGCAGCCACUGCUGGAGAAGGUCCAAGCACAGCUGAAGCCCCUGACAGCCAACAUUGAUGAGAAGCUCAAGCCCCUGUCCGGACCCAUCCUGUCCCAGAUCCAGCCUCUCGCUGCCUCCGUCGAGGCCCAGGUGGAGGAUCUCCUCAGGAAGGUGAUGGACCACACCAAGGCCCUGCUCCCUCCUCAGUAAAUCAACAGGCCCCUGCUGACUCCAAAUGUGCAUUAUCUUGAAGACAAAAACUUUUGUUGUUGCAUCAUGUCAUGUAUCACUGCUAUGCUGCUCUGCUGAGCCCCUCUCAGCCUUGGAAUGAGUUUACUGAUUAUUUAUCUGAAUCCUUAAAACGCUUCAGAGGUGACCAUCUAA